AAAAUCUCUGUUUUCCCUUUUUUUACCUUUCAUUAUUUUUCGGUGAUUUUUAAAUAUGAGCACUUGCUCUUCGCAUAUAACACCUGCAGUCACUCUCAAUGACGAAAUGCUGCAUGAUUUUCCGUUAACCACAGAAGACCCGGUGGCUGGUGCAGAGCUUCAAAAAGAAGUCGAACGUAUCAAUAAGGUUGAUCCUGAAGAUAAUCAAGUUCCUACAGCCAUAAUUUUUAAGAAGGACGAGCCCAACAAAAUUAUCCCUGGUAGUUUCAGCAGUGGCAGUGAUGAUGAUAUAACUGUUUUGGAUGAUGAAGAAGAGCACCCUGAAAUUAUUGUCGACAGUCUCGAUAAAAAGGCAUCAUCAUCACCAGACGAUUCAGAUUCAGAUGAGACCGAUGAUGAACUAGCUCGUAUCACCGAAGCAAACCGCUUUAUUCCAAUGGAUGAUCACAAAAAAAUCUCUGAAAUUAAAUCAGCGGAAAAUGAUGUUCUCAGACGAAAAUCCUUAAGAAGUCAAAGUGUUUCUAUUAGACGAGACCUUCUUGUUUUUUCUGACUCUCCUAUUGUAACAAAAAAGGCUGAUAGAAUUAUCGUUCAUAAUCAUUAUGGGGCUGGACCAGAGGGUAGGCUUGAAAAGGAUGCAAGGCCUUCACGUCGUAGUAGGGGUUAUCUCGUAGCCUGUGAUUUUAGUGAAGAAAGUUUUCACUCGAUCGAAUGGACAAUGGGUACGAUGAUGAGAGAUGGUGAUAGACUAUACGUUGUUACGGCCGUAAACAGAGAGGAUAAUCCAGAAACUGUUAAACAAACUGGGCUAUCUUUAUCAAAUGAGUUGAAAAAAGCGUCAGACUCUGUUACAGAUGAAGCUAAACGAAUGAUGAGUCAAAUGCUAUUAUUUGAUGUCGAUCUUAUCACAUACGCUAUCAGUGGAAGAGUAAAGGAUGUUUUAUGCAAACUUAUCGAUGAAUUGCCCUUAACAAUGGUUGUUUGUGGAAGCCGAGGCAGGGGAACAGUGAAAGGAUUACUUAUGGGUUCAAUCUCCACGUAUCUUGUACAUAAAUCAUCUGUGCCCGUUUCAGUUAUUAGACCCCAAAAUAAGAAGAAAGCCGCUAACAAAAGACCUCUCCAUGCAGCCGCCCUUAGUCAAAGUGUCAAAUCAGGCCAAUUGGCAGUUGAUGAACUCAGCAAACCCAGUUCAGAGCCCACAAGCGGUACAGAAACAACCGCACCCGUUACCACCCUUCCAGCUAAAACGAAGUAAAAAAAAAGGGUCAAACA